CGCGCGCGCGUCUGUCUAGGGGGAGUAAAUGAUUUACCAGAGGCUCAUUUCACAACUUACCAAGGGUCAGCUUCCCUUGGGCAUGUACAAGUUCGGUCCUCUGGGCUCCUCACCCCUUGCCAGCUUCCACCCGGGAGGUCCCCCAGGCAGCCCGCAGCAUGAUCUCCAUCACCGAAUGGCAGAAAGCCAAGAUUCCUGGAUGGCAAUGGAGCCACGCCAUCCCCCGCCCCCCAGAGGGCACCUGUCCAGCGGCAAUGGGGGGAAGUUCCAGCAUCCCAAGCUGCUCCCCAAAGCCCAUCCCACCACAGCCUCCUUGCCCAUUGCAGAGAUUGGUGUGGGCACCACCGGCUUCGGCAUCUUCUUCAUCGUCUUUGGAAUGUUCCUGUACUUUGAUUCGGUGCUCCUGGCCUUCGGAAACCUGCUGUUCCUGACUGGCCUCUCCCUCAUCAUCGGCCUGAGGAAGACGUUUUCCUUCUUCUUCCAGAGGCACAAGCUCAAGGGGACCAGCUUCUUCCUGGGGGGCGUGGUCAUCGUGCUCCUGCGCUGGCCCCUCCUGGGCAUGUUCCUGGAAACCUAUGGCUUCUUUAACCUCUUCAAGGGCUUUUUCUCUGUCGCCUUUGACUUCUUGGGCAAUACCUCCAACAUCCCCUUCCUGAGCGUGCUGUUCCGGAGGCUUCAAGGCACCAGCUCAAUGGUCUGAACAGCAGAGAUAAGCUGCUUGAACUUGGAUCAUUGGUUCAGGGGGCUGGAAAGGAAAUGGGGGCCACCCCCUCAGGCCCCCACCCCGCACUGACUCAUCUCCCCAUCAUACCCGGACCUCUCCAAGUCCAGAAGGAAGGAUGGAGCCGAGUGACUGACCUCAAAUCCCCAAGUCAAUGCAAGACGCUGUCAGGACCAUUGGGAGCGGAGAUCCAGGUCCUGUGGAGAUUGAACGGGGAUCACACCCCACCCUGUAUUUAUCAGAGGAAAAGCAAAGAUUAAAUCCCCAAGCUGUAAAUGUGCCUGAGACUCAAAGUCAGUGUCUGUAGCCCAUUAAGUCCAUUCUCUGACUCAGGGCAGGCCCACACACAUGGCAAGAAGCAGGCCUGCUCUCAUGACCUAUCAUUCUUACCCUCGUGUCUACUAGUCCUAAUGAGUGAGAUAAUAUGUUUGCAAGCCCCUGUUGGCAGGAGGUAUUAAACAAGUGAUGGGUAUUAAUCCCCAUCAUGGUGGGAAGUGCUUCUCAACCAUUAAUUAGGUGGAUGUCUGCACAGCUCACCCACCAGGUAGCCUCUGUGCCGAGGUAGAGACAUAGCCCCUACCUUCCAAGGGCCCCAGUCUCUGUCCUGGGAAGCACUUUAUUCAAGGGUAAAGCGCAUCCUUGCAGGCCCAAGAAAGAGACAGGCGUCCCCUGCAAUGCGUACAUUUAAAAAGUCUCUGUGAGGGCCCCUGCGUCUGUACGGAGCAAAGGAGCGGGUGCUGAGGGUGCAAAGGGAAGGAGACCUGCCCCACUUCAAAGCGAGGCUCACAACAAUUCCAAAACCGUGUGAUCGAGGUGCCACAGGACAUGACUGUGGGGCUCCAGGAGCAGCACCUCCGGACACACUGCAGCUGGAAGGCACUCCUCCGAGUUCCCUUAGUGCUUCCCAGGUACGCCCACCUUCUAGAGCUGCAAAGCUGCUGCUUUCUUAGCCAGCUGCUCACAUACCUGUCUCGCCCAUCGGACCUCGGCAUGUUCAUCUCCAAACCCUGUGCUGAGCCCGUGCUCAGGAAUUGCUUGGGGAAAGAAGGGAGGAAGGAAGGAAGAAAAAAAGAGACAAUCCCCCCACCCAGUCCCAGAUCCCAGCCCAGGAGCCGCCUUCUGGUCUGAGACCCCAAUUGAGCUGCCAGAGCCGGGAGCACACGGGGAGCAAGGAGCCCCCAGGGCAGACU